UUAGCCCGUUAGCCUCCUGCAGCUGUCCGUGGCCGUCAGUCAUCCAGCCUGUCAGACCGAGCGGCGGUGCAGCAUUUGUGAAUCUCCUCCUCCUCCUUCCCUCCCGCAGUCAAACCGAGGACGGCCGGGUUGUAAUCUCCGGGAGCCAGCCGCUCGCUUCACCUCGUUGUCCUCGCUGUCACGACAGGAAGAAGCCCUGGGACAUGGCCAGAGCAGAACAGGUCCUGGUGCUAGAGCCACAACACGAACUGAAAUUCAGAGGCCCGUUUACAGAUGUCGUCACUGCCACUCUGAAGCUCACCAACCCCACAGACAGAAAUGUGUGUUUCAAAGUCAAGACUACCGCUCCCCGCAGAUACUGUGUGCGCCCGAACAGUGGCGUCAUUGACGCUGGAAGCUCCAUCAAUGUUUCUGUUAUGCUUCAGCCGUUUGACUACGACCCCAACGAAAAGAGUAAACACAAAUUCAUGGUGCAGUCCCUGCUGGCUCCGUUCGACAUGACUGACAUGGAAGGAGUUUGGAAGGAGGCAAAGCCUGAAGAGCUGAUGGACUCAAAGUUGAGAUGUACAUUUGAGAUGCCGCUAGAAAAUGACAAAACGCAUGAGAGUGAAAGCAACAAACCUGUGUCUUCCUCUGCCUCUGUUAAGACCGAGCACUCAGUGCUGCCCAAGUCGGCCAGCGCCUCGCUGGACGACGGCGAGGUCAAGAAGAUCAUGGAGGAGUGUAAGCGGCUGCAGAUGGAGGUGCAGAGGCUACGGGAAGAAAACAUCAAGAUCAGGGAGGACGACGGCCUGCGGAAGAGAAAGGUGACGUCGGCGGCCGCCCCUCACGCCGCCUCCUCCAUGACGGCCUCGGCCAUGAGGGACGAGGGCCUGAGCACCCGCGUCCUGGCGCUGUGCGUGCUCUUCUUCGUGAUCGGAGUCAUCAUUGGCAAGCUGGCGCUGUAGAGACACAGAGGGACAGAGCACAGUGACGGACAGACGGCUGGACAGCGUGCCCGGGAGGACACGCGUCAAUGACGGCAACUGGGGAUGUCUUCUGGGUUCAUGUUGAUCUGUUUCUUUCUUUUUCUUUUCUUUUUCUUUUUUUUUUUUAAACAUUUAAGGCAAUAUCAAGAUGGUUUGUUUGGAUUGAAGCUAAAUUAAAGUGUAAAAAGAAAACAGAGGAAGACGAUCCCAAGUUAAACCAUGAGUGCAAGAGCUAACUGUCACAGGUCCUGCCUUCUUUCUUCUCUCUCUCUUCUGUGAAAUAAUCUCCACCUCUGAUUGUUUUUUUGUUUUUGUUUUUGUUUUUGUUUUUGUUUUCUUUCUUUCUUUCUUCCGUCCAUCUCCCUCCUGAAUGAUCUUCCCGAACUUGCACAGGUAACAGUUAGUGGUGUGUGGAUGUGGCUUCACGCUGGCUGAAUGUUUGAUCUUUCAUUCUCACUCUGUCUAUAAAAAAAACUCCAACACUCCUCGUUAAAUCAUCUCUCUCUCUCUCCCUCUGGUAAUCUGCAAGGACAGGUGACCACAGGUGAUAUGUCAGACUUUUUUUUUUUUUUUUUGUUGAGACUCAAACUUUGUCUUCUAAACAGUUCGUGGUUGAAAUAUUAAAAACAAAACAACAAAAAAACACCAGUAUGAGCCAGUAGAAGCCGCAUGCGUGUGUAUGUUGGAUUGAUCGUGUGUGUCUUCGCCUCCUGCUGGAGCGCUGACGCGACUGCUGUGUGUGGAUGAUUUUAAGUGAGGAGACCGGUGAAACGGUGAAAUCGCAGGCUGUUUGACAACAACAAAAAAACAGGGCUGGUUUUAAGGAGAGAGAAAAAAAAUGUAACUCAUCUGUAUAGAUUUCCUGCAUCCAACAGAAAAAGAAAAAAAAUGGGGGCGUUUGCUGAAAACCAGAUCAGGACUCUUGAUGAUUUCAGUGGCAGUCUGGACCAAGGAAUCCGUAGAAACUCUUCGAAUCAGCUUUCAGGCCAUUUGUAAAGUGAAAUCAGCAUUGUGAUCAAGAGUCUGCUGGUGCACAGCGAUUGAUUUAAAACAAACUGUACUUAGUUCAAUCGAUCAUAUUUUCCUGGUUCAACCUCUGAUUUGCUCAGAUGAGAGAGAAGAUGAUGGUAACCUUCAGAUCAGCCGGAGAAUGUCAUGCAAAUCAAAAACUUGCACACUUUUACUAUCCAACAUAACGUAUGCAACAAUAUUUUUCGCCGCCUUCUUUAGUUUUGCCCACAGAGUAUUGAAUUUGCGUCCUCCUGUGUUACAGCACUGGUUUGCUUCUUUUGCCCCCCUCCUCGCUCCCUCCCUCCCUGUAUUCUCAUGUAGCCACAAAGCUUCUGUUGUUUCAAAUAUUCAAAUGCACUAUAUUAGAGCUGUGCACUCUGCGGUCUGCAUGAAAUGGCCUGAAUUUAUUCAGAUUGCUUUGUUUCGUUUUUUUCGAGUGAAGUUAUAUUAGCAAAACAAGGAAAAUAUUGCUAUCUUUUCAAAAAGGGACCACCAUGAGUCUGGUUUAUCAGUGUGUAUGUGUGUGUGUGUGUGUGUGUGCGUGUGUUUUAAUUCCCUCCCCAUCAUCUUCUCCUUUUGUUUCCUGUCGGGCUCCGGUGGUUGUGCGAUAACACAGCUGUAUAAUCUUGGCUAUCACAUGACCAUCUCAGCAGACUCAGUUGUUAUAAAGGAACAAAAAAAAGAGUAAAAACCUGUAUUUGUUGGUUGCCUGAGGGGAACAGAGACGUGUGGAUGUGGGCAGCUGGGAGGACUGACCUGUUAAUACACGCUACAUGAAAGGAAAAAAAAAAAAAAAAGAAUAAUCAAGGCAUCA